GCGUGCCCUCAUGAUCAACGCACCUGAGGGCAGUUUGGUCACACCUUCCCCUCCAGGUUGAUAAACUCCUCCGUUGAUCAGCAGACACAGUUGGUAGAGUCGCACCAUGGAGGUCAAACUGUUGGUUUGUGGCGUCGUGCUCGUGGUCUUAGCGGUUACAGGAAGCAACGCACAGUUAGAUGUUUGUGGCACUGCGCCGCUCAACACCAGGAUCGUAGGAGGGGCGAAUGCUCCUGCAGGGUCGUGGCCCUGGAUGGUCAGUCUGCAGUACGAAGGAUUUCAUUUCUGUGGAGGCUCCCUGAUCAGUAACCAGUGGGUCCUGACUGCUGCUCACUGUGUCAGCAGCUUCACACCCAAUCUCACCGUUAACCUCGGCCGUGACACCCUGACCUUGUUGAAUACAAACGCGAUGUCCCAGACUGUGUCCCAGAUCAUCCUGCAUCCCAACUAUGUUCAAGCCAUUUUGAAAAACGACAUAGCCUUGCUGAAGCUGUCCUCACCUGUUAACUUCACCAACUACAUCAGACCCGUGUGUCUGGCGGCGAACGGCAGCAUCUUUAAUCCUGGGACGACCUGCUGGGUCACCGGAUGGGGGAACAUCCAAACUUACAUUCCACUUCCUUCCCCAGAGAGGCUGCAGGAGGUGAGUCUUCCCAUCGUGUCCAACAGUGAGUGUAGGGAGGUCUACGGUGGUAUAGUCACAAACAACACAAUCUGUACCGGUGUGACCCAGGGAGGAAAGGGCAUCUGCUAUGGGGAUGGAGGAGGCCCGCUGGUGACUAAAAUGGGCUCUGUCUGGGUCCAGGCUGGAGUGAUGAGUUUUAUAUCAGCACUAGGCUGUGCCCUGCCUUAUUACCCACAAGGCUACACCCGAGUGUCCGAGUAUCAGUCCUGGAUCAACAGCCAGAUCAGCACCAACCAGCCGGGCUUCAUCACCUUCACGGAGGACAGUUCAGCCUUUGGGAGCGGUACAACCUCUGGAGCCGCUCACCUGGUUCCCCUCUCGGUUCCUCUGCUGCUGUCCAUCGUCCCUGUUCUCUUCUCCUUCUCUGUCCUUUCGCGUCUGCAGGGGGAUUCAGGCGGCCCGCUGGUGACUAAAAACGGCUCUGUCUGGGUCCAGGCUGGAGUGGUGAGUUUUGGAGAAGGCUGUGCCCUGCCUAAUGUCCCAGGAGUCUACACCCGAGUGUCCCAGUAUCAGUCCUGGAUCGACAGGCAGAUCAGCACCAACCAGCCGGGCUCUGGAGCCGCUCACCUGGUUCCCCUCUCGGUUCCUCUGCUGCUGUCCAUCGUCCCUGUUCUCGUCUCCUUCUCUGUCCUUUACCUUGGAACCCGGAGGUUGGAGAAGACCGGAGAGCUUGGCGCGGCGGCAAUGGAUGAGACCAGGUACCACUUGGGGGCAUGGGCUGUGGAGGAAAGCUGGGUGCCAGUGCCGGAGGUUCUAGCUGUAGUUGCUGUACUGGUAAAGAUGCUGGAGAUCCUGACAUCCCAGAGUCGCACCAUGGAGGUCAAACUGUUGGUUUGUGGCGUCGUGCUCGUGGUCUUAGCGGUUACAGGAAGCAACUCGCAGUCAGAUGUUUGUGGCACUGCACCUCUCAACACCAGGAUUGCAGGAGGGGCGAAUGCUCCUGCAGGGUCGUGGCCCUGGCAGGCCAGUCUGCAGAGCAACGGAUCUCAUUUCUGUGGAGGCUCCCUGAUCAACAACCAGUGGAUCCUGACUGCUGCUAGCUGUGUCAGCAGCGCCAGACUCAAUCUCACCGUUAACUUCGGUCUUGACGCCCUAAACCUGUCAAAUACAAACUGGAUGUCCCGGAAUGUGUCCCAGAUCAUCAAACAUCCCAAUUAUAACACCACCACGAACGAUAACGACAUAGCCUUGCUGCAGCUGUAUUCACCUGUUAACUUCACCGACUACAUCAGACCCGUGUGUCUGGCGGUGGACGGCAGUGUCUUUAACGCCGGGACAACCUGCUGGGUCACCGGAUGGGGAGCCAUCGAGGCUAACAUUUCACUUCCUUCCCCAAAGAGGCUGCAGGAGGUGAGUCUUCCCAUCGUCUCCAACAGUGAUUGUAACGCUGCCUACGGUGGUAAAAUCACAAACAACAUGAUCUGUGCCGGUGUGACCCAGGGAGGAAAUGGCUCCUGCCAGGGGGAUUCAGGCGGCCCGUUGGUGAAAAAUAGCGGCUCUGUCUGGGUCCAGGCUGGAGUGGUGAGUUUUGAAAAAGGCUGUGCCCUGCCUAAUGUCCCACAAGGCUUCACCCGAGUGUCUCAAUAUCAGUCCUGGAUCAAAAGCCAGAUCACCACCAACCAGCCGGGCUUCGUCCUCUUUGGAACCGCUCACCUGGUUUCCUUCUCUGUUCCUCUGCUGCUGUCCAUCGUACCUGUUGACGUCUACUUGUCUGUUCUUUCAUAGAAAGUUUAGAGAUGAUUUAAUUCACCAGGUUAGAGUCAAAAUCUCUGUCUCUCUGUCUUGUGGUCGCAUAUUGUUUAACCUUUUGAGAUUCAUUUACUUAAAAUAAGCAAAAAUAGUCUUCUCCUGGAGUCAGAUAUUUCCGCCUGUUUCCAGUUAUUCUUGUGUUGAAGAAAUUUUGCAGAAAAGAGGCUGAGCAAGAACACUGCACCCUAAAGUUCAGUAAUCUUUAAAGUUAUCAUUUAUCAAUAAACAACUUAAACAUCAUCCUAGAAUUUAGUAGUUAUCAAGCAAGGCAUGUAGCACAUUUAAACAUCAUGGCUAAUGGCUAAAUAAAAAGUCUUCAACAGUA